GCAGAAACUACGCUGCUUGUGUAUUUGUAUAUAAAAUGCUUAAUAAUGCCAUAGAUUGUGAAUAUUUACUUGAUAGCAGUAGAGGGAGCCAGAAUGUGGUGUAGAAUGGCUAAAAAGUCCAAACAGCGUUUCUGCAAACGGAAACGGAUCAGGAGAGUGAGAUUUCGGUCUGGAAAACCUAGAAGCAGAAGAAGUAAAAGAUGUUAACGUGUUGUCUCAGCUAUGCAAUUUGUUAAUCAGUCUGGUCUGACAAUAUAGUAGAAACCUCUUCCAAACAA